UUUCCGGAUCAGAUCUCCCUGGCCCGAGAUUUCCAAGAACACAAAAACGACCUCAAACCACGACUUUGAUAAACUUCCUUCCCCGCGAGAGAAUAUAAUCAUCGCUGAGCGGGCUGUCAGGAGGGGGUGGAGGGAAGUUAGGGGUUGGCAAUAAAACGCAAUAAUCCACGUCCUCUCAAUCCCAUAUAACUGUUUAAACGCGAAAUCGUAUCGAAAUUUAAGAUUCGCCCUAUGGUGAAAUAAAGAUAAAGAAAACUCCACCCCUAAAUUACCAGGCGCCUCCCCUUACUCGCAGCGAGGGUAGCUACCGGCGGAACUGGCAGUCGGCAAUUCAUCCCCCUCCGUGCGCAAAAGACUGAACUUGGAGGGUCGAAUAUGAAUUCAUAGCUUUUUAAAACGGCACUGUUUACGAAUUGGGCCAUUGAGGAGGUUAAACGCCAGAUACUCGCGAUACGAACAAGUGAAUCGAUGUUUAACAACCCCCCGUCGGUCGAACGUUGACGCUGCAACAGCCACCCGCGACCGUCCAUCAACUCGACAACACCGCUCAACAGAACAUUUCGAAAGUGUCAAACUCCCAGUGAAAAAACCAACCGAAUCGACCGAACUGAAUAUAACGACAACAAAGCAAGAAAUGAAAUAAAAACAACGUAUUUAAACAAAAACAAAAAAAGAGAAAUGAAAGUUUGAGAUAAGACAGUGUGGAUCCGAAAUUCUUCCCGAUGAACUCCUCGAUGAUGUUCCAGAGCUUCAUAAGCUACAGGGAGAAGAUGCUGAAGAGUCUGAACAACAAUGCUAGUCCUUUCUCGAUGGAGAGCCUUCUCUCUAACGGCAAGAUGUCACCUGAAACUGUGGACGAGAAGAACGACGAGUCUGAGCGCAACUCUGAAGAGGGCUACAGGGUGUCUGAGUCGUUGGGGUAUCCGUCAAAAUGUGUGAGUCCGGAGAACGCGAGAAGCGAGGGUGAGGGUGAAGAGAAGAAUGAUGUCUUCUUGAAAUUCGGCAAUUGUUUUAAGGGCAGGAUAUGCACGAAUUGCGGAAGGUUGGACUGUAUGUUGCGAUGUAGAUUGAGUACCGAAGAACUGAUGAAGGACAGCAAGCCGGUGUUGAAGUUUAGUGUCAGUGCAAUUUUGGGGGAUGACAGAGGACAUGGAGGCAGGAACGAACAGAAUGAUAAUUUGGUCCAUGUCACAUCCCCAACGUUACUGGGUUUAUCAUACCUGGGAAACCAUUCUUCGACGAUAGCGAAACCCGUAGCGAGCAGACCACAUUUCAAUCCACAUUUACUGCUAACGCACUGUAGACCGCAGCCUUACCUUACAGUAUCCACGCCAGUUUCUGGUGCUCAGACGGCAGUGUUUCCCUUACCUGGUACUUUUCCAUGGGCACAUAGUGGUCGGGGAAAACCUAGAAGGGGGAUGAUGCGCAGAGCUGUCUUUAGUGACUUGCAGAGGAAAGGAUUAGAAAGAAGGUUUCAAAUACAGAAGUACAUAAGCAAACCAGACAGAAAAAAACUGGCAGAGAAGUUAGGACUCAAAGAUAGCCAAGUUAAAAUAUGGUUCCAGAAUCGAAGGAUGAAAUGGAGGAACUCGAAGGAGAGAGAGCUUUUGGCAGCCGGUGGUUCUCGCGAGCAAACCCUUCCCAACAAGAACAACCCCAAUCCAGAUCUUAGCGACGCUGACGGGGACAAACCAAAGCUCGACCUGACGGACGUGCAGGACAUAUCUCCAGCCGGUUCCCCGAUAGACCAACAGAGGGCGAUCGACAGGGAUAACAGUAAUGGCCUAACUUUGCAGAAUUACCAGAUAUACGAUCACGUCGACUACGAAAGUUCGAAUGACAGCGACGAGGAAAUAAACGUCACAUGAGAAAAUUGAACUUCUCAACUUAGAUUCGAGGAGAGACGACAAAGAAAUUAUACCUUCGUUUGAGUUUUUUAGGAGAAAAGAAUAUCCGGAUAUUUGAAAUUCUUCGAAAAACUGUAUUGUUCUUAUUAUUUUUUUUUGUUCUCCUCGUAUCCAAUGUAUUGUAAAUAUUGUACAGCCUCGAAUAUCUGAUGGAGAUUCUAUUUCACAUGUACUUGUUAUUUUCCCCUUUUUCGUGGUAUACUUAUAUAAAUUAUACGGAACGAGUAAACAAUCAUGGAGAUUCUCAAGAGAAAUUGAUUGAGAUUUUGCAGGUUGCAAUUUUUCUGAGAUAUAUAAUUGUAAAUAAUAAAUUUAUGUGCUAAUAAGCUUUGUUAUAUUUAACCUUACCAUAAUCUCAAUAACGUAUAGUUAUUAACAGAAAUUCAAGUUCCUGGACGUAAUGACCACUUCUUCCAUUUGAUUAUUGAAAUCUAUGUAGGAACUGUUAUGAUUUCUAUCAGUUAUUUUGAAAAAUUUUAAGAUGUGGGCUUGGUUCUAGUCACAAUAAAAAUUCUAAUAAUGUCAGUUUGAUUUUUUACGAAUCAAACUCCUCAAUUCCAUUGAAUUCUUAUAUAUAUUACUGUUUUAAUCAAAAAUCAACAAAUAUCAAAUUCCCCUUCAAAUUUAAAUUAGGUUUAUAAUUUCUGGAAUGAACCUUUCGAGUACUUAAAAAAUUCGAAAUGAUGUUUAUGGAAUGUAAUUUUAAUCAAAUUCGAAAAAAAAUUAAUAAUUUUAUGACUAAUGAGCCCCACGUUGGGCGCCAAUCGAUAUGAUUUCUUUCAGUUCUUUUGAAAAAUUUUAGGAUGUGGGCUGGGUUCAAGUCACAAUAAAAAUGUUGAAUAUUCAAAUUCAGAAUUAUGCAUUUUUUUUGAAUGAACAAGAAUAAACUAACUUACUUAACUGAUUACAUGUCUUAACUUAGCUUUUAUUGUUUGUUAUUCAAUGGUCUUUUGAAUUACUUUGAAUAUUUCCUUAAAAUUCCAAUAUAAUGGUUUUGUAGAUUCUUCGCUUCCUCUAAUUAUUAGUUUUUAUUUAAAUACUUCAGCUUUCAAUGAUGUGUCAUUUUUCUAGAAGUGUGAUUUAUGUGAUCACUCGAAUGUUCAUGGCGAAUUGUAGGUAGAUUGAAUCAUCAUAACUUCUUAUUUAUAUAAACUAACCGACAAUAAUGACAAUACAACAAAUCACAUUUCAUACGAUAUACGAAUGAACGAGAGCACAAAAGUUCUUGAACCCCAGUGAGUAUUUUUAUUUUGUUUGUCUCAUCUUUAUAACCUGAACUGAAGAAAUUUUCGUGGGAGUUUAAAACUACUAUGAAAAAACGCGAAAAUUUAAUAAGUACAAAAAAUAAGAUGAAUAAUUUUAUUUCAAUUUAACUUAUAUUGAACAAACUAAGCUACAGCCUUCUUAACUAGUGGAACUCCUUCAUGUUUAGAAAGAUCGAUGUCGAUACCAGAAACAUCGACUUCUUUCAGUUUGGGUAACUUUUCCUUGAGCCCACCCAAAUUGAUAUUCUUGAUGGGAUUGUGUCCCAAGUUCAAUUUCUCCAAGUUUGGCAAAGAUGGGAUAUCUUUAGUCUCCAUCUUUUCAAUGAGAUUACCUGCCAUAUUCAAUUCCUUCAAAUUCUUCAGCGAUGACAGACUACCGGUUGGAAAGACCUUUAUCUUGUUUUUCUGCAGAUUCAAAACCUCCAAUUUUUCCAUACCGUUGAAAGCACCAU